AAUGCAGUCCUAUAUUCUCAUAGCGAAAGGCAUAGAGUUGUUGGUUUAGCAAAAACACAAUUAACAUGGCUUCAAAACCAGGGAUUCUGACCGAAUGGCCAUGGACAUGGCUUGGGAAUUUCAAGUACGUUGUUUUGGCACCAUUUGUGGGACGUAGCAUUCAGUCAUUGUUGAACAGAGAAGAUGGAAGCAAGAUAGAUAUUGGAUACUUAAUUAUAUUUCCAUUUCUCCUAUUCCGGAUGCUUCACAACCAAAUAUGGAUAUCCUUGUCCAGAUACAGAACUGCAAAGGGUGAUAAUCGAAUUCUUGAUAAGACCAUUGAAUUUGACCAAGUUGACAGAGAAAGAAAUUGGGAUGAUCAAAUCCUACUUAAUGGACUAUUGUUCUAUUAUGGAUACAUGAAGUUGGAGCAGUCUCAUUACCUUCCUAUAUGGAGGAGUGAUGGUAUCAUUUUGACAACAUUGCUUCAUAUUGGUCCUGUCGAAUUUCUCUAUUAUUGGCUUCACAGAGCUUUACACCACCACUUUCUUUACUCUCGUUACCAUUCACAUCACCAUUCAUCCAUUGUAACUGAACCCAUUACUUCUGUGAUUCAUCCAUUUGCAGAGCACAUAGCAUACUUCUUGCUAUUUUCCAUACCACUACUCACAACUGUGCUAACAAAGACUGCUUCAAUAGUUUCAUUUGGUGGAUAUAUCACUUAUAUUGAUUUUAUGAACAAUAUGGGCCAUUGCAACUUUGAGAUCAUUCCCAAGUGGAUGUUCUCUACUUUCCCUCCUCUCAAAUAUUUGAUGUAUACACCAUCGUACCAUUCACUACAUCAUACUCAAUUUAGGACAAAUUACUCACUAUUCAUGCCAAUAUAUGAUUACAUCUAUGGUACAUUGGACAAAUCAUCAGACACAUUAUAUGAAAAAUCACUUGAAAGGCAAGGGAAAUCACCAGAUGUUGUACAUUUAACACAUCUAACAACACCAGAAUCCAUUUACCAUCUCAGGCUAGGAUUUGCUUCUUUCGCCUCGGAACCCUACACCUCUAAGUGGUAUUUCUGGUUAAUGUGGCCUAUCACAUUGUGGUCUAUGAUGGUUACUUGGAUUUAUGGUCACACAUUUACUGUUGAGAGAAAUGUAUUCAAGAAUCUCAAUUUGCAAACUUGGGCCAUUCCAAAAUAUCGUGUACAGUACUUUAUGCAAUGGCAAAGAGAGACGAUUAAUAACUUAAUUGAAGAAGCUAUCAUGGAAGCAGAUAAAAAAGGCAUAAAAGUUUUGAGCCUUGGACUCUUAAAUCAGGAUGAGAAACUGAAUAACAAUGGGGAGGUUUACAUAAGAAGGCACCCUCAAAUAAAAGUAAAGUUGGUGGAUGGAAGUAGCCUAGCUGUUGCUGUGGUCCUAAAUUCAAUUCCCAAAGGAACUACCCAAGUGGUCCUUGGAGGCCAGUUGUCAAAAGUUGCUAAUGCCAUUGCCCUUGCUUUAUGCCAAGGAGGAGUAAAGGUCAUGGCAUUGAGAGAAGAAGAGUACAAAAAGCUCAAAUCAAAUCUUACUACUGAAGCAGCAAUUAAUUUACUUCCCUCAAAAACAUAUAAUUCAAAGAUAUGGCUAGUAGGGGAUGGAUUAAAUGAAGAUGAACAAUUGAAAGCACCAAAAGGAACACUUUUCAUUCCAUUUUCACAAUUCCCACCAAGAAAAACUCGCAAGGAUUGCUUCUACUUUCACACACCGGCAAUGAUUACUCCAAAACACUUUGAAAAUGUGGAUUCUUGCGAGAAUUGGCUGCCAAGAAGAGUGAUGAGCGCUUGGCGUAUGGCAGGAAUUCUACAUGCACUUGAAGAUUGGCAAGAACAUGAGUGCGGGAACAUGAUGUUUGACAUAGAGAAAGUGUGGAAAGCAAGUCUUGUUCAUGGUUUUCAGCCAAUAUCUGUGGUUUCUGCUUCUGAAUCAAAGGCUUAAGUUAAACACUUUUGUCAUCUAGCAUUGGUGUGGUGGCUUAUGAGUUAAAAGAAAAAGUUUAAUGUACCUACUUGAUAUAUCAAAUCUUAUAUAUUGCUCCUAAUAUGUUAUACCUUUCUUCGUUUCUUUAAGAAUUUCUAUGUUGUUCUCUCGAUGUUGAACUAUAUUACUUCUAUUAUAUAAGAUAUAAUUAGCUUUUU